CGGGUCGGAGUGCGGCGGCGGCGGUGGCUGCGGCCCGGGUUGUGCGGCCGAGCAGUUGGCGUCGCUGCGGGCGCUGGGCGCGGCGGGCCGGUGACGCGGGGCCGGGCGCCGCCGCGCCGCCGCGAUCAUGUCGGAACCGGCGCCCGAAGUUCCGGAGGAUUUGUUCCGCGAGGUCAAGUACUACGCGGUGGGCGACAUCGACCCGCAGGUUAUUCGGCUUCUUAAAGCUGGGAAAGCCAAGGAAGUCUCCUACAAUGCGUUGGCCUCACACAUCAUUUCAGAGGAUGGGGACAACCCUGAGGUGGGAGAAGCCCGGGAGGUCUUUGACUUGCCUGUUGUAAAGCCUUCCUGGGUGACUCUGUCCGUGCAGUGUGGUGCUCUCCUGCCAGUCAAUGGUUUCUCUCCAGAGUCCUGUCAGAUUUUUUUUGGACUCACUGCCUGCCUUUCUCAGGUGUCGUCUGAGGACAGAAGUGCCCUGUGGGCAUUGAUUACUUUCCACGGGGGCAAUUGCCAGCUGAACCUCAACAAGAAGUGCACACAUUUGAUUGUUCCAGAGCCAAAGGGGGAGAAAUACGAGCGUGCUGUCAAGAGGGCAAGUAUUAAGAUUGUCACCCCUGACUGGGUCCUGGACUGUGUGUCUGAGAAGAGCAGGAAGGAUGAAGCCUUUUACCAUCCGCGUCUGAUCAUCUAUGAGGAGGAGGAAGAGGAGGAGGAGGAAGAGGGAGACAACGAAGAGCAGGACUCUCAGAACGAGGGCAGCACUGAGGAGAAGUCAAGUGCGGCCAGCUCUCCAGAAGCCUCUCCUGCUGACCAACCCUUCUCUCCCAAGCCCAGAGCCGAGGUGUCUAAAGGGGAGUUGAUGUUUGAUGACUCUUCUGAUUCAUCCCCUGAAAAGCAGGAGCGGAGCUUGAACUGGGCCCCUGCUGAAGCCCCACCGCUCACCACGGCCCAGCGCAGGCUGCCUCAGGGAAAAGGGCCAGGACUUAUUAACCUGUGUGCCAAUGUCCCUCCUGUCCCUGGGGACAUCCUGCCUCCUGACAUGCGGGGUAACUUGAUGGCUGCUGGACAAAACCUCCAGAGUUCUGAGCGAUCAGAAAUGCUAGGGACCUGGAGCCCAGCUGUCCGGACGUUGCGAAACAUCACAAACAACGCCGACAUCCAGCAGAUCAGCCGACCAUCCAAUGUUGCACACAUCUUACAGUCCCUUUCAGCACCCACAAAAAACCUAGAGCAGCAGGUGGCGCAUGGCCAACAGGGACACCCCACUGCCAGUGCUGUGCUAUUUGGCCAGUCUAAAGGCGCUCCCGAGACACACGUGUUGCCACAGCACCAUCCUCCCCAGCAGCCACCUCAGCAACACCCAGUCCUGCAUCUUCAGCCCCAGAUAAUGCAGCUCCAGCAGCAGCAGCAGCAGCAACAACAGCAACAGCCUUACCCCCAGCCGCCAUCACAUCAGUUCCCUCAGCAAGUCCAUCAGCAUCAGUUUUCUCAGCAGCAGCUCCAGUUUCCACAGCAACCAUUACACCCUCAGCAGCUGCAUCGCCCUCAACAGCAGCUGCAGCCAUUUCAGCAGCAGCAUGCCCUGCAGCAGCAGCUCCAUCAGCUGCAGCAGCAGCAGCUCCAGCAACACCAGUUAGCACAGCUCCAGCAGCAGCAACAGCAGCAGCAGCAGCAACAGCAACAACAGCACAACCUUCUCCAGCAGCAGCACCAGCAGCAGCAGCUCCAGCGCCUGCACCAGCAACAGCAGCAGCAGCAGCAGAUGCAGAAUCAAGCAACACACUUGAGCCAAACAUCUCAUGCACUGCAGCACCAGGUUCCACCCCAGCAGCCCCUGCAGCUGCCCCUGCAGCCCCCACCUCAGCAGCAGCAGCAGCAGCAGCAACAACAACAGCAGCAGCAGCAGCAGCAGCAGCAGCAGCAGCAGCAGCAGCAGCUUUUUGGACAUGACCCGGCAGUGGAGAUUCCAGAAGAAGGCUUCUUGCUAGGAUGUGUGUUUGCAAUUGCGGACUAUCCUGAGCAGAUGUCGGAUAAGCAGCUGCUGGCCACCUGGAAAAGGAUAAUCCAGGCGCAUGGUGGCACUGUGGACCCCACAUUUACAAGCCGAUGCACACACCUUCUCUGCGAGAGCCAAGUCAGUAGUAUGUAUGCCCAGGCCCUACGGGAGAGGAAGCGGUGUGUCACUGCGCACUGGCUCAACACAGUCCUGAAACAGGAGAGAAUUCUGGCAUUCUCUGGGUCAUUUGGCUGCAAGUACCCACAAGUACUGACCAAGUUCUACCUGACCGUAGCUGACUUAUCCUUGGAUUGA